AUGAAGAAGUACAGUGUUCUCAUGGAACCUAAGAACACACCGUUUGAGUCCGUUGAUCCAGCAUCAUUACCUGUAAAAAGGAUUUGGCUUUAUCUUGUUCGUCAAGAACAUAUCUUACCUGUUUUCGUCAGGCACAUUUUUGCCUCGUGCGACCAGCAGCAGACUGGAUCUGGAUUGUUGGCCGUUUCAAAUACUCGAGAGUUACAAGAAAUGGACAUUGGAGCGCUGCUUGAUGAUCCCGAAAAUGUGAAGCUCUCCUCUUGGAUGUUUAGCCGAGCUGAACUCGAUGACAAUGAUGAUUACCAACUACUGAUUGAAAGUGGGCGACAAACUGCUACUGCCAAUUUUGCCUACUUUUUUCAGGUAUACAAAAGGCAAGUAAAUGGGAUCAGACGACUUGACGCACAUCCUACAAUGCCAUAUUACGUAAGUGGAUCAUCGGAUGGUUCGAUUCGAUUAUGGGAGUGGAAAGUUGGUCAGCCGCUUUUUACGCAUCGUAUAGCUGGGCAGUUUGCAAAGGUUACAAAAGUUUUGUUCUCCUACAAUGGCAGCAAGUUUGCAUCUGUGGAUAGUGACGGUAUCCUGUGCCUGUGGCAAGCUACACAAGGAAUGCAGUUCAAGAAGCCGUUCUUUAAUCAAAAAUGUCACUCGAAGUUGGCCGCGGAUGUGAGAUUUCUGGGCGCCACAUCGUCUGUCCUGGUGACUGCAGGUGUAAGCUUAGCUGACGAAAAUAUUGCUCUCUGGGACACACUUAUGCCACAAGCGAAGGCACUUAUACAUUCCUGGACAGCUCAUCCUGAAGGAGCUACUUCUGUACUAUAUUUAUCAGCUCAUCAGGUUUGA